UUCUUCAGCAGAAUCAAGAAACAUGGCAUUCCCUGAAACCAAACUUCAAAUGCCCAUUAGAUCUAUAAGUCUUCCAUCAAGAAUCCACCAUCCUUCUGCUAAGUUUCAAGCUGCUCUCUCUCAGAUUCAUCUUUUCCAAAACUCAUCUGAUUCACAAUCUCUUCACGCCUCAUUACUCAACCUCUCUGAGCUUUACCAUUCCCUUCACCAACUCAAUCACUCUCUUCCCACAGCUCAAGCUGAACAUUCUCUUGACGUGUCAGCCACGUUACUAGACUCUUGCGACGCAGCGAGAAACCUAAUCCUAACACUCAGAGAGCAUCUCCUUAAUCUUCAAUCUGCAUUGAGGAGAAAAAACAAAUCCAUGGAAGUUCAGAUCAAAGAGUACUUUUCCUUUAGGAAAAAGAUCAAGAAAGAGACUAACAAGCUUCUUCUUGGUCUCAAGAAGUUAGAAGGCUCUGAGACCACCGACUUAGCCAUCUCCAUCUUCCGCUCUCUUUUCAUGUUCCUGUCGACAACAUCGACCGUGAAGACAAAGACAUGUUCUCUCAAAUUCGUCUCCAAGCUGAUCAGUGGUGGUCACCGAUCGUCGUCGUCGAUAAUGAGCGAGUUGCAGAAUGUUGAUGUGGUUCUACGUUCAGAUGGGGAUAACUCCAAGGAAAUGAAGAAGAUGUUAGAGAGAUUAGAGGAAAGAACAGAGGAACUUGAGGCUGCACUUGAUUCUCUUUUCAAGUCUCUUGUCCAAUAUAGAGUUUAUUUGCUCAACAUUCUUACAACACACUCUUAGUUUAGUUAGUCUCUAAUUGUACACAAAACAUAUAAUAGUAAUAGAUACAGAUUCUUGUAGUGAAGAAUUUAAUGGAUUCACUGGAAUUAUAUAUAAAUCAACAAAUUUAAUCAAACACUUCUUAAUAC